AUGACAGAUGAGUUUCUGUUUCAAGACAAUAAGAACCAUACUGUCUGUAUAAAUCCAACAAAAGGAACUUUAAACGAGAAACCUAUAAAUGAACUUCUUUUGAAAGCAGAUGUUGGCAACAAAGCUGACAAAGAAUAUGUAGACGAUGCAAUAGCAAAAGAAGAAGAAAGAGCUAACAAUGCUUAUGCAACAAAAGAACAUACUCAUCCUGAACUAGCAGACAAAACAUAUGUUGACAAUAAAAUGUCAAGUGAAGUGACAAGAGCUGAAAACGAAUAUUCUAAAAAGACUCAUACACAUUCUAUAUCUGAAAUAACAAACUUACAAGAAACCUUAAACAGGAAAAGUGACGUUGGACAUACACAUACCAUUGCAAAUAUUGCAAACUUACAAGAAACCUUAAACAGGAAAAGUGACGUUGGACAUACACAUACAUCUUCUGAAAUAACAGACUUAAACGUUAGCCUUGAAAAUAAAGCAGAUAAAACAUAUGUCAAUGAAAUAUACCAAAGUUUGCUAGGAACAAAAAAUAUUGAAACUAUUGUUGGUGACUUUUCUGUCAAUGAAGAAAACAAAUAUUUUAGAUGGCAGUUGGUACAGUCCUUAGAAAAUGGUACACGGUAUAAACUCAUUCCGAAAAAUAACAAUGAAAUGUAUGUAAGCUAUAAAAAGAAUGAUGGUACACAAGUUAAAGUUCCAUUAGACAACAACUGCUACUUAAACUUAUAUGGAGACGAACAAAAGAAAUAUUUAAGAGUUUAUGAAAUGACAGAUAUGGCAUUGCCUGACCCAGCUCCAGCACCAUAUUAUUAUGACUAUGGAGAUGACGUCAGAACACCACAU